GAAGCCAGCCCAACUGUAACAACGCAGGACCCCAACGCCAUUAAAAUUCUGAUUAAGAAGCUUUUAUUUUAUCAUUAAAGUUUCUUCCUUUUUCACGAACUUCUCCACCUUCCUCCGUCUUUUUCAGGUACCCACCCAUCUCUCUAACCUCACUUCUUGUUCUCUCCUCUACAAUUUACUCCGUUUUCCCUCUGUUUCUUUUGGUUGUUCGAGUGGGGGUUGAAUUUUUUUUUGUUGUGUGUGGGUGAAGUUCAGAAAAAUGGAAUUCUACUGUAUGGAAGACAGAGCCUUGAAAUCAAGCUUGAGGAGGGAAGUUAUGGCUUCCGUGAAGUAUCAUCCUCAACAAAGCCAGCUGCAGCAGCAAGAUCUGGGUUUGGAAGAUUUCCUCUGCUUGAACCCUAGUUCUGCAGAGGAUUUCUCCGUCGACUGUUUCUUGGAUUUCUCCAAUGGCGGGUUUAAGGACGAGGAAGAGCAAGAAGGAGAGGAAGAGGAGGAAGAACAAGACUCUGUUUCGGUUUCCAACUCCUCGUCGGCAAGUUUCUCCAAUUCCCUUCUCCCCGGCGACCUUCCGGUUCAUGCAGAGGAUUUAGCGGAACUGGAGUGGGUUUCCCAAUUCGUCGACGAUUCCUCUUCUUCAUCGGAGGCAGCCGCCUUAUUCGCCGCCGUUUCCGCGGAGAAGCUCUUUGAAUUCAAACCCACGCCGGCGAAGACGCCAGUUUUCACGACUCUCCCGCCUCCGCCUUUCCUCACUUCCCGAGUCCCGGCGAGAACGAGGACCAAACGCGCCAGAACCGCCUGCGCGAGCUGGUUCAACCGGUCGUCGGUGAUUUUCCCCCAUUCUUCCUCACCCACCUCCUCGCCGGCGUCGUCCGCCGCCUCCUCGGCGCUGUGCCUCGCAAACUCGCUCCAAUUCCAGCCCUCAAUUUCCACGCUCUUUCCUACCGGCGAGCCGCUAAGGAAGAAGCAGAGGAAAAGGCUGCCCGCAACGGCGGCGGAAACGGGUCCGAAUCCGAACCCGACCCAGCAGCAGCGGCGGUGCAGCCACUGUGGGAUCCAGAAAACGCCGCAGUGGAGGAGCGGGCCGAACGGGGCGAAGACGCUUUGCAACGCGUGUGGGGUCCGGUUCAAAUCCGGCCGGCUCCUCCCGGAGUACCGGCCGGCGGGGAGCCCCACGUUUUCCCGCGACGUGCAUUCCAAUAGCCACCGGAAAGUGUUGGAGAUGCGGAAGAAGAAGGAGCAGGUGGAAGAGUCGGUGACGGCGACGGUGGCCGCUGAGUCCGACUUGACCCGAGUCGGGCCGGGUUUUUGAAGGGUUUUACUGUAGAAAAAAGGUUGAGACUUGAGAGCUAAUACAGAUUAGGAAGGAAAUGAACCGGGUUUUGAUUCGGUUUAAUUAGGGUUUAUGGGCUGGGUUGGUCUCUGGAAUGAAUGAAUAGAAUCAUUAGGACGAGUUAGUUGCUUAGUUAUGACUUAUGAAGUAUAACUAGGACAGAAAAGUGUAGGGCUUUGGAGUUCAGUGAGACUGUUUUUGUUUUAUCGUAUUCCCAAUGUACUCUAAUGUAGGAAGGUUCUUAGUUUCGAUAUUAGUUAAAUCCAAACUCUGAUAUGUUUUUUGA